UCAUCAAUAGAUGAAAAUGAUUGCAUGGCAUAGCAUAUCUUGGGCUCUGAUUCCGAGUAGGAUUGUGAUGAUGACAAACGCCAUGUUGAUAUAUUAUCUGUCCCGGAUUUAGUUAGAGGCAUCAACCACAGUGAUUUUGUGGUAACUCUGAAAGAUUAUUACACUAAGGACAGGUGUGAUGAAAUAGAGGUGUUGACGCGUGGUCAAUCUGACAAUGAGUAUUGGAGGAAAUAUCGCACCGGCCGUAUUACAUCUUCAAUAGUUCAUGCCAUCAGUCAUGCUACUGACACUACCAUGGCAAAGAAAGACAAUUAUUUGCUAAAGAAAAUCCAUAGUCAAGAACACUUUACCCCAGCUGCAACUGAUUUUGGUAUUAAGCACGACGAUGAAGCCAGGAUCCUUUAUCAGUCUUCCAUGAAAGAGAAACACAAGAAAUUUCAGUGUAAACAAUCUGAUUUUGUGAAAAACCACUCCCUUCCUAUUUUGAGUGGAAGUCCAGAUGGUGUCAUCUCUUGUGAAUGUUGUGGAAGGGGACUUUUAGAAAUCAAGUGUAGUUAUAAGUACAUGUAUAGGAAUGAAUUUACGGAGAAACAAUCUGGUUAUAAGUGCUACUUUGAUGAAGAUGGAUCUGACCACAUCCUGGUUGCAGACAUGGACAACAACAGAGUAAAUCUCCUUAACCAUUAUGGUAAAUUCAUUCCUUAUCUGCUGACCAAGGAAGAUGGUUUGUACAACCCACAAUCUGUUGCCAUCAAGCAGGAGGGGCAGAAGGUAGUGGGAGACAGGAAUGGCAACAUAUUCACUGUCACAUACAGGAAUCAGCAACAUGGAGGCUCAUUGUAUAAAGGCUUGGAUAAAGAUGGCUGGGAAGUUUUUAAAUACGGGAAGGACGGCAGUGGUCCGGAUGACUUAUACAACCCCUUUGGUCUCUGUACAGAUGGAUCAAACCACAUCAUAGUUGCAGACAACACCAACCUCAGGGUACAUCUCUUGACCCCUGAUGCUAAAUUCAUUCGCUAUCUGUUGACAAAGGAAGAUUGUACGAUCUGUUGCAAUCAAGCAGGAGGGGCAGCUGGUAGUGGGAGACAGGAAUGGCAACAUAUUCACUAUCACAUACAGGAAGUGAGAAAAUACAAACUGUUGAAAGAUCUUAAAAAGAACAACUCUCAUAUAACAUCAACUUCACAUGGCCAACUUGCAUUUACCAACGUGACCAACAUCAUAAGUGUCUAUGGUUUAGACAGGACCCCCAAAUUGAACCUCAUGUGUAGAAAACCUGCAGCUGAGCUACAGCUAAAAGGUAUAACAUCAACCCCUGCAGGUGGGAUGCUUGUAUGUGAUCAACCCACCAAGACAGUGUACCGUGUGAAUCCAUCUACUGGAGAUACGACUCCUCUCAUCAAGCCUGACAGUGACAACAACAGGGUACAUGUCCUGACACCUGAUGGUAAAUUCGAACGUUAUCUGCUGACCAAGGAAGAUGAUGGAUCAAACCACAUCAUAGUUGCAGACAACACCAACCUCAGGGUACAUCUCUUGACCCCUGAUGCUAAAUUCAUUCGCUAUCUGUUGACAAAGGAAGAUGGUACGAUCUGUUGCCAUCAAGCAAGAGGGGCAGCUGGUAGUGGGAGAUGGGAAUGGGAACAUAUUCACUGUCACAUACAGGAAAUGGGACGCCUGCAUGGGGCAUCACCUGUAGAAGAGCUGCUUGUAUGUGAUCCCACCACCAAGACAGUGUACCGUGUGAAUCCAUCUACUGGAGAUACGACUCCUCUCGCCAAGCCUGGUACAUGCCAGUCAGUGGCCUCGUUAUGUGGCAUCAACAACAUCUGA